GUGAGGACCCUUGACCUUUGGCUCAAGAUGGUGGCACCCAGAGUGUGGCUUUUGCGGCGGCCGUGAGGUGAACUAAACCCGAACCUCUGCACCAUGUCGAAGCUAAGCCGGGCCACUCGGGGCCUCAAGAAGCCCGAGGCCGGCGGCGUGAUCCGGACCAUCGUGCGAGCAGGCCAGGCCAUGUCUGGGCCUCCAUUAGGUCCCAUCCUGGGUCAGCGAGGUGUUUCCAUCAACCAGUUCUGCAAGGAGUUCAAUGAGAAGACGAAGGACAUAAAAGAAGGCAUUCCUCUGCCUACCAAGAUUUUUGUGAAGCCUGACAGGACAUUUGAAAUCAAGAUUGGACAACCCACUGUUUCCUAUUUCCUGAAGGCAGCUGCUGGCAUUGAGAAGGGGGCCCGGCAGACAGGGAAAGAGGUGGCAGGCCUGGUGACUUUGAAGCAUGUGUACGAGAUUGCCCGUGUUAAAGCUCAGGAUGAGGCCUUCGCUUUGCAGGAUGUACCCAUGUCCUCUGUUGUCCGCUCCAUCAUUGGGUCUGCCCGUUCCCUGGGCAUUCAGGUGGUAACAGACCUCAGUGCAGAAGAGCUGGCAGCUUUCCAGAGGGAACGAGCUAUAUUCCUGGCUGCUCAGAAAGAGGCAGACUUGGCGGCCCAGGCAGAAGCUGACAAGAAGUGAUCCUUCACACUCCCAAGAUUUUAAAAGCAGCAGCUGGGAAGGGGGCCAGUUGGGAAGGCUCUGCAAAAGGUCAAGGUCAUACCAACCUGAUUAUUAUUUAUCAAGGAAACAAGCCUGAAUAAACAUCCUUUGUCACCCAC